AAGCUCGGUUCGAAAAACUUCGGGUCUGGGCUUGGCAUCGUGCGAGCAGAGGUUGACGACGGGGAAGACGCAAGUCUCGGAAGCUUCCAUUGACACCCCAUCUCCCGGCAUCACCCGGGUGUCGCCCUGCCGGCCCCCCGACGAACCCAUCGACCCAGAACGGAAGACGAGGCAGACGCACCGCAAAUGCCGUUAUCCGCUGCCCCGCGCAGCGUCUCGGACGCAACGCGCUUCACGGCGACGACGCCGCACGCCAGCUCCAAAGCCGCCGCACCACCACCACCACCCCGCUUCUCCGCGCCCAAAUCUGCCAAUGCCGCCCCCGUCCCUCCCGGUCCCGCCGGCGGUGGCAGCAAUGGCGGGCCGUCGCGGCUCCAAGAAACCCCAGAGCAGAAGGUUGCCCGCUUGCGGGCCGCGCACCAGCGGGCAAAGGCCGCGCAGGUGUCGGCACUCGACAAGGUGAUCGGCGCCGGCAGGCGGCUGUUUGACUCGGCCCACCGGGUCGCAGUGGUAGGACUGGUUGGCUUUACGGUGUUCGCGAGCCUGGCAACCGCCUACACAGCGUUCGACAUGAUCCGGUACAACAGGAAGCGCACCGCCGAGUGGGUUGAGGCGCAGAAGAAGAUCGAGGCCGACAGCCUCGAGGCCGCCCGCAUCGCCUACAUGACGAACCAGGCGACCGAGGAGCAGAUCGCUCUGGUCGAGGAGCAGCUGGAGCGCGAGCGCGAGACGGGCCGCAAGACCUCCUUCUUCUCCAAACUGCCCAGCGUGCUGAGCAACCCCGAGCCCGCCAACCAGCCCCCCUCCUCCUCCUCCUCAUCAUCAGCACCGCUGUCAGACCCCGCCGUCAGGUGGCAACAACCCCCAUCAGAGCAGCAGCAGCAGCAGCAGCAGUCAAUAACCGAAACCGUCUCCUGGCCAGGCCCCGGAUUCGAACAGCAAGAACAGCAACAGCAACAACAAGAAGGCAAAACCCGCAGCGGGCUCUGGAACUGGUUAACCGGCAACCUCAAGCGCGAGGAGGACGACCCGCGCGGCCGCUCGGCUGGGAGUCGCUGAGCGAGGAGGACGCGCCGGCGGGCCGCUGGACCGGGUUGAUGUUGAGCGGGGCGCGCAGGGGGAGAAGAUUGUUGGGCCCGCUUCUGCUGCUUCUGCUGGUGGUGGUGGUGGUUCUGCGGACAGUGAGGGGAAGGCGGCGGGUGCGGAGGAGCAGGUGAGGAAGAAGGGUUGGGGGUGGUGGUGAUUGUCAUCACCAGGACGGGCGGUGCUGGACGGACAUCGACAGCGAACGGAGUGUGUCAACGCAAGUACUCCGCGCCAGGGCUUGGGGAGAAACCCUGCUUUUCGUUGGUCAAUGAGA